UUUGCAGAUGUGAGAUGACAGUUUGUCACUGUCAGAAAUAUAAAAUUUUUCGAAUAUCUGGUGUUUUUGCAGAACACUAAUUAAUAAUAUUGCACAAUUAAACACCUUUGGCUUUUGUUUAGCAGCUGUAAAUCAUUUUAAAAUUUCUAUUAACCAUUUAUAUUUAGCUGUACUUUGUACAUAAUGAGAUAUUGCAAUGACUGUUAUAUGUAAAUAGUAUAAGGUUAUGUUUUAUCUGAUGUCUUUUGCCCGUCAAAAGUGACUUAAAACAUGGAUCCAAAUAUCUAUGCAUUAGUGCUAGAUACGCUUAACCGAGCCACCAGUCAAGAAGCGGAGGUUCUGAAGCCUGCAGAGAAGAAGCUUCAAGAAUGGGAAAUAGAACCAGGAUUUUAUUCUGUACUAUUGAAUGUUCUAUCAAAUCAUUCAAUUGAUAUAAACGUCAGAUGGCUGGCUGUAAUGUGUUUCAAGAAUGGAGUAGACCGUUAUUGGCGGCGGAAUGCUCCAAAUGCAAUUACAGAUGAAGAGAAACACAAACUUCGGCAAGGACUUCUGACUACUCCAAUUUUGAAUGAGCCGGUCGCCCAAAUUGCAACACAACAAGCUGUAUUGAUUGCUAAAAUUGCUAGAUUUGAUUGUCCCACAAACUGGCCUAACCUGCUACCAGACUUGAUAGGAGCAAUGAAAGCACCACAACCACUGAUGCAACAAAGGUCAUUACUUAUCUUUCAUCAUGUUGUAAAAGCUCUGGCCUCAAAGAGACUUAUUGAAGACAAGAGAACAUUUCAGGAACUGACUAUAUCAGUAUACUCCUUCAUACUCAAUCUAUGGCAUGAGAAUACAGAAUUAUUUCUCCGCCAUAUACAAGAAGGAGCGGCUACAGAAUUGAUAACAGAGCAUUUGGAAAAGGCACUUCUGUGUUUAAGAAUAUUGAGAAAAUUAACAGUAUUUGGUUUCAAAAAACCACAUGAAAGUCAGGACGCCAUUGCUUUUCUCAAUGUCGUGUUUGACAGGGCUAAGACGAGCUUGGAAUGCAGAAAACUACUAAAAGGCCGUGGGAUAUAUCCUUUAGAGUUAUGCGAAAAGUUUAUAAUACACCUGACAAAGGUCGCACUUGGAGUUUUGUUUUAUCAGCCCUUUUCCUACAUUCCUCUUAUUCGACCUUCUUUGGAGUUUGCUCUAUACUACUGUUUCACCGAACAAGGCAUGUCCCUAACAUAUGAACGAUUCACAAUACAAUGUCUUAACAUAUUUAAAGGGAUAUUGCAAUGUGUCGAAUACAAGCUUCCUAAAGGAACCGAACCCGUAAAAGAGCCUUUGACGCUCCAAGCUCACCAGAUGAAGACGGAGGUCUUGGACCAGAACACAGUGUGCCACAUGUGCCGCCACCUCGUGACGCACUACUUCCUGCUGAGUGGAGACGACCUGGCGCUGUGGGACGCGGAACCCGAGAGCUUUGCCACCGACGAGGCGGGGGAGUCCUGGAAAUAUAGCUUGAGGCCAUGUACAGAAGCAGUCUUCAUGGAAUUGUUCCACGAGUUCCGAACAGUUCUCGCACCAGAGCUGGUCCGUCUUCUCGCCUCGCUGCAGGAGAGCCAAGUGUCGCCGGAUGACUUGUCUGCUAUUUUGAAAAAAGAUGCUAUUUACAAUGCUGUUGGACUCGCAGCCUUCGAUCUGUAUGAUGAUGUUGACUUUGACGAGUGGUUCACGAAUGUUUUAAGCCAAGAGCUUAAAAUUAAAGAUAAUAACUACAGAAUAAUAAGGAGAAGAGUAUGCCAGCUGAUUGGCCAAUGGUGCGGCGUGCGCGCUUCGCAGUCCCUCCGGCCGGCGAUGUACUCGGCGCUCCUGGAGCCGCUGACGCGCGCGGGCGAGGACCCGGCGGUGAAGCUCGCAGCCGCUGAAGCGCUGCGCAGUACGAUAGACGACUUCAACUUCAACGUGGAACAGUUCGCUCCCUACGCGCCACACGCGCUCUCCGCGUUGUAUGAUCUCCUGGUGGAGUGCGAGGAGUGCGAGACGAAGAUGCACGUGCUGCACGUGGUGUCGUUCGUGACGGAGCGCUGCGGGUGGGCGGUGGCGCGCGGCGGCGGCGCGGGCGCGCUGUUCGCCGUGCUGCCGGCGCUGUGCACGCACGCGCAGCACCACCACAUGCUGCGCGCCGCGGCGCUGGCGGCGCUCGUGCACCUCGUCAAGGCGCUCGGCGAGUGCGCGCCCAACGUGCGGCCGUGGGUGCUGAACGUGGUGAACGAGUCCACGAAGCUGAGCGAGCCGGCGCACGUGUACCUGCUGGAGGACGCGCUGGAGCUGUGGCUCGCCGUGCUGGAGACGUCGUCCAGCGCCGACCCCGCGCUGCUGCAGCUGGCGCACAACCUCUACCCCAUACUGGAGCAGUCGACGGAGCACCUGCGGAUAGUGGUGUACAUAAUGCAAGCGUACGCGCUGCUGUGCCCGGAGGAGUUCUUCACGGACGCCGGCGCCAAGUGCAUGUGCCUGCUGGACGACAUGCUGAGCGACAUGCGCACGGAGGGAGUCAUCACCGUGCUCAAGAUGGCCGAGAUCUGCGUCAGCGUGGGCUUUCCCGAGAGGAACGCCUUUCUGGGGGUGAAGGUCGUCUGGCCCACGCUCCUCAGGGUCAUACACUGUCUCCUGGAUGGCGACGACUUACCAAUGGUCCUGUCGGUCAAGUUGUGUCUCCUGUCGCGGGUGAUACUGCUGUCCACCGAGCUGUUUUACAAGGCGAUACAGGAGGCAUCCGUCUGCCUCGUCGAAUACGACUCUGAUCCCGCCAAAGUGUUGAACAGAGUUCUUCACGUGUGGACCGAGAAGAUGAACCUUGUGACGCAAGUCGAGAGGUGGAAGGUUGUCGGGUUGGGCUUGGCAGCGCUCCUCACGACACAGAACGCGACAGUUCUCGAACGUUUUCCCGCCAUUUUGUUAAAUCUGACUGAAGUUCUCAAUGACGUCAUGAAGAUGGAAGAAUCAGGAAAUUAUAUCGAUGCGCUGGUGUCGCCGCCGGGCUCGCGGCCCGCCUCGCCGCUGGAGGGGCGCGGCGGCGCGGCGCGCUGGGAGGGCGCGGGAGCGGGAGCGGGCGCGGGCGCGGGCGCGGGCGAGGGCGAGGACGGCGCGCGCUCGGCGCACGAGCUGCGGCGACGCCGGUUCGCGGCCGCGCACCCCGCGCGCGCGCUCGACCUGCGCGCCGUGACGCACCAUCAGCUAGAAACACUAAAGAGUCAAGUGGGACCCGAAACCUUCGAACGGUUACUACAAUCGACGGACAAGGAGACGCUCCAGCAAAUAAGAGAAUACAUACCUCUUUGAAUAUUUUUAAUAAAAAAUCCUCAUUUUUCAUUUCUCGUAUACAUUUUGUUCAAUUUCCGCACAAGGAAAUGUAUGUAUUUUUUAAAUUAAUUCAAGAGUUUCGAUUGUGAAAGCAGACAUACCCUUUAAUUUUAAGGGUAUGUGCCUGAGGUUUUAUUGUUAGGAAAGAAAUGUCUUUUUUUUUUUAAAUAUAAUUCCGUUCAUUUUAUAACAUCCGAAUGCUUUGGUAUAGCGAUAAUUAAAAAAAAAACUAAUUAUAGUUUUUAGUUUUAUAGGUACAGCUUAUAAAUAAAAUAUAUACAUAAUUAUGUGAUAUACUUACGAUUUUCCUACACAGCUUUAAAUAUAAGGCGUUUGUACAUGGCAUUAUAUAUAUUUUCAAACAUGUUAAAUAAUAGGUAUUCCCAAUAACUGUUCAAAUUUUAAGAUGACUUUUAAAUCAUAAGAAAAAAAGAUAGUGCUUGUAUUAAACUUAUCAGAAAUUGAAAAUAAAAA